UUUUUUUGUCUCUCUCUCAAAAUCUAAAAGUCUUUGUUUAGGGUUCUUUUAUUUUAAAAACAAACAGUAACAUGAAAAACUCAAAUCAUUGAUACAAUCUCUGGAAUGGAUUUGAGUAUCGCUUAAAUAAAGUUUUGAUCUUUUGCGUUUUAGUUUCUAAAACAGAGAAUUUUAGGGAUUGUAUAUAUUGAGAGGUGAUAAUGAUACCAGAACUGGGGAGAAGACCGAUGCAUAGAGGUAACGAGGAUUUAUCUUUUGGGGAGGAUUAUGAGAAAGAGAUUGGUGUAUUGCUUGGUGAGCAGCAGCGAAGGCAAGAAGAAGCUGAUGAGAUUGAGCGAGAGCUUAACUUGUAUAGAAGUGGCUCUGCUCCACCGACUGUAGAUGGUUCUGUUAGUGCGGCUGGAGGGCUUUUUAGCGGCGGCGGUGUAGGUGGGGCUCCUUUUUCGGAUUUUGGUGGAGGCAAUAAGGGUAAUGGGUUUGGUUGUGAUGAUGAUGAGUUUAGGAAAGAUCCGGCUUACUUGUCUUAUUACUAUGCUAAUAUGAAGUUGAAUCCGAGGUUGCCACCGCGUUUGAUGUCUAGGGAGGAUUUGAGAGUUGCUCAGAGGCUUAAAGGGAGUAGCAACGUGUUAGGUGGUGUUGGGGAUAGGAGAAAAGUGAAUGACAGUCGAUCUUUGUUCUCUAACCCUCCUGGUUUUGAUCAGAUGAAACAGCAGCGUGAGUUUGAGCCUAAGAAAACUAGUGCUUCCUCUUCUGAGUGGGAUGUUAAUGGAUUGAUUGGUUUGCCUGGUUUGGGGCUUGGAGGCAAGCAGAAGAGUUUUGCUGAUAUCUUUCAGCCUGAUAUGGGGCAUCCUGUCACACAACAGCCUUCACGUCCUGCUAGUCGUAAUGCUUUUGAUGAAAAUGCGGACUCCACGAAUAAUCAGUCUCCAUCUGCUUCACAAGGCAUUGGUGCGCCAUCUCCAUACAGUUAUGCAGCUGUUCUUGGUUCUUCUUUGUCUAGAAAUGGAACUCCAGAUCCACAGGCCGUUGCUAGGGUGCCUAGUCCUUGUCUCACUCCUAUUGGGAGUGGAAGAGCGAGUUCAAAUGAUAAGAGGAACACAAGUAACAAAAGCCCGUUCAACGGUGUUACAUCUGGUCUCGACGAGUCUUCUGAUCUCGUUAAUGCGUUAUCUGGAAUGAACCUAUCAGGCAGUGGUGGGUUAGAUGAUCGUGGUCAGGCUGGAAUGAACCUGUCAGGCAGUGGUGGGUUAGAUGAUCGUGGUCAGGCUGAGCAGGACGUUGAAAAGGUCAGGAACUAUAUGUUUGGAUUUCAAGGUGGGCAUAACGAAGUCAAUCAACACGGGUUCCCAUACAAAUUUGAUCAACCCCUUAAGGCAACUGGUUCUUUGAGGAAUUUACAAAUGAGAGGGUCACAAGGAUCUGCCUAUAAUGGAGGAGGUGGACCAGCUAAUCAUUACCAGCAUCUUGAUAGCCCAGACUAUUGUCUGAACAAUUACGCAUUAAAUCCUGCUGUAGCUUCUAUGAUGGCUAACCAACUUGGGAAUGGGAAUAAUAACUUUUCCCCAAUGUAUGAUAAUUACUCUGCGUUGGGAUUUUCUGGAAUGGACUCCAGACUUAAUGGGGGAGGUUUUGAAUCACGUAAUCUUGGCAGGGUAAGUAAUAGAAUGAUGGGAGGAGGUACUGGUCUUCAGUCACAUAUGGCAGAUCCAAUGUAUCAUCAGUACGGGAGGUUCUCUGAGAAUGUUGAUUCGCUUGAUCUUCUUAAUGACCCUGCAAUGGGCAGAAACUUUAUGGGUAAUUCAUACAUGAAUAUGCUUGAACUCCAGAGGGCUUAUCUCGGAGCUCAGAAAUCACAGUAUGGUGUCCCUUACAAAUCCGGGAGCCCUAACAGCCAUAGCUAUUAUGGGAGUCCAACAUUUGGGUCUAACAUGUCAUAUCCUGGUAGCCCAUUGGCUCAUCAUGCUAUGCCAAAUUCUCUUUUGUCACCUUGUAGCCCUAUGAGACGAGGUGAAAUUAAUAUGCGAUAUCCCUCUGCAACAAGAAACUAUUCAGGAGGGGUAAUGGGUUCUUGGCACAUGGACGCUAGUUUGGAUGAAGGCUUUGGAUCUUCAUUGCUUGAAGAGUUUAAAAGUAACAAAACAAGAGGGUUUGAACUUUCUGAAAUAGCUGGGCAUGUUGUGGAGUUCAGUGCGGAUCAAUAUGGUAGCCGGUUUAUUCAGCAGAAGCUUGAGACAGCAACAACUGAUGAGAAAAACAUGGUUUAUGAGGAGAUCAUGCCACAAGCUCUUGCCCUGAUGACUGACGUUUUUGGCAACUAUGUGAUUCAGAAGUUCUUUGAGCAUGGACUCCCGCCACAGAGGAGAGAAUUGGCAGAUAAACUCUUUGACAAUGUUUUGCCUCUUAGCUUACAGAUGUAUGGUUGUCGUGUUAUCCAGAAGGCAAUUGAGGUGGUUGAUCUGGACCAGAAAAUUAAAAUGGUGAAAGAACUUGAUGGACAUGUGAUGCGAUGCGUACGCGACCAGAAUGGUAACCAUGUGGUUCAAAAGUGCAUUGAAUGUGUGCCUGAAGAAAACAUCGAAUUCAUUAUUUCGACUUUCUUUGGCCAUGUUGUGACCCUCUCUACCCACCCAUAUGGGUGUCGCGUUAUCCAGAGGGUAUUGGAGCACUGCCAUGACCCGGAUACACAGAGUAAGGUUAUGGAAGAGAUCCUGUCUACUGUUAGUAUGCUGGCCCAAGAUCAGUAUGGAAACUAUGUUGUUCAGCAUGUAUUGGAGCACGGAAAGCCUGAUGAGCGCACUGUGAUAAUCAAAGAAUUAGCGGGGAAGAUUGUUCAGAUGAGCCAGCAGAAGUUUGCGUCGAAUGUUGUUGAGAAAUGUUUGACUUUUGGAGGUCCUGAGGAACGGGAAUUGCUAGUGAAUGAGAUGCUGGGCACAACUGAUGAAAAUGAGCCUCUUCAGGCGAUGAUGAAAGAUCAGUUUGCAAACUAUGUAGUGCAGAAAGUUUUGGAGACUUGCGAUGACCAACAGCGUGAGCUGAUACUUACUCGCAUCAAAGUGCAUCUUAAUGCUUUAAAGAAAUACACUUAUGGAAAGCAUGUCGUUGCACGUAUUGAAAAACUCGUUGCUGCUGGAGAGAGGAGAAUGGCUUUGCAGUCUCUAACCCAGCCUCAGAUGUCGUAAGUGCUGUACAGCUUAACUAGGGUGGAUGGCUCUGCCAUAGCGUUUUGAGAAUUAGGUAAGAUCUAAACCGGAAAUAAUCUGCGGGGAAAUUGUGUAGGAGAGCUUUGUUUUCUCUGCAAAAUCUGUAAAAUUGUGUAGUUGCUUACGGUUUUCUAUACAUAGAACCAAACAUCCCUCUUUAGGCUGAUGAGUGAGCAGAGAAUGUUGUAAAGAUGGGUUGAGAAAUGGUGAGGAUUUUAGGGUUUCCUUCACACAAGAGAAUGGCUGUUUCAUUGCCAAAUGUGUAGAAGUGAGAUUAUGUUCAUGCUUUUAGGACAAUCCCAGUUUUUAGAGUUUCUUUUUUUAUCCAUCUAUGUAAUUUGUUUCAUCAAACUCUUGUUUCCUAUUUCACGAUGAACUCUUUCGUUUUUGGAA